UCUAUUUUCUCACGCUCUAAAGUCUGAAUCUCUUUUAGACUUUUACAAUCUCACACCUCCUCUCGCCAAAGAACAACUCUCUCUCUCUCUCUCUCUCUCUCUCUCUAAGAUGGCUGCAGCAGAGACAUUUGUAUUCAACAUAGCACAAAAAGUGCUGGAGAAAUUGGGAUCCCUGGCUUUCCAAGAAGCUCGCUUGAUAUGGGGUGCUGAAAGUGAUCUAGGAAGAUUUGAAAAAACCCUCUCCACCGUCAAAGCUGUGUUGUUGGAUGCAGAAGAGCAGCAGGUUCAUAACCAGGAGCUGACCGUCUGGCUUGGGCAGCUCAAAGAAGUGUUUUACGAUGCUCAAGAUGUCCUUGAUGAAUUCGAGUGUGAAGCACUGCGGAGGCAAGUGGUGGAAAUGCAGGGGAGCACCACCAGGAAGGUACGCCGUUUCUUUUCUUCCUCUAAUUCACUUGUAUUCCGAACCAAGAUGGCUCACAAAGUCAAAGAAAUUAGAGCACGUUUAGAUGAGGUUGCAGCCGAUAGGGCUAAGUUUCAUCUCUCUCCACGGUCGGGUGAUAGGCAUGUGGUGCGUGGAAGGGAGAUGAGUUACUCCUUUGUCCAGCCUUCAGAUGUGAUAGGAAGAGACAAAGACAAAGAAAAAAUUGUGGAGCAUCUAAUGGAUCCUAGUGAUGAUCAAUCCAUCUCUGUUGUUCCUGUAGUUGGGAUUGGAGGUCUUGGCAAGACUGCGUUAGCUAAACUGGUGUUUAAUGAUGAAAGAGUGAAAGAGCAUUUUGAGUUGAAGUGUUGGGUGUGCGUGUCUGACGAAUUCGUUUUAAAACAACUACUGGUUAAAAUUAUCAAAUCAAUAACUAGUGAAAAUCGUAGCGAUUUGGAUGAAGAGCAGUUGCAAGUGCUACUUCGAAAUAAUUUGGAAGGCAAGAAAUUCUUUCUUGUCUUGGACGACGUAUGGAACGAGGACAGGGGAAAAUGGAUUGAGUUGAGGAAUUUGUUGAUGGGGGGUGACAAUGGAAGUAAGAUUCUUGUGACUACACGCAGCCCAACAAUUGCUUCCAUGAUGGGCACCAUGUCCCCAUACAACUUGGAAGGUCUUUUGCAUCAAGAUUGUCUGUCCCUAUUUAUCAAAUGGGCAUUUGAUGAAGGAAAAGAGAGGCAGCACACAAACCUCGUGGAAAUUGGGGAUGCGAUUGUGAAGAAAUGCAAAGGGGUUCCCUUGGUAGUGAAAUCGUUAGGAAGCCUACUAUAUUCAAAGCUUGAUGAACGUGAUUGGCUAUUCGUAAGAGAUAAUGAAUUGUGGAAAUUGAAUAGAAAAGAAGGGGAUAUUUUGUCGGUCUUGCAAUUGAGUUACAAUCAGAUGCCAUCUUACUUGAAACAAUGUUUUGCAUUUCUUUCACUUUUUCCAAAAGAUUAUGAAUUCGAUACUUUUGAUUUAAUUCCAUUUUGGAUGGCAAAUGGGCUUCUUCAAUCACCAAGUGACAACAAGAGCCGGAAGAUAUUGGCAACCAAUAUAUAGAUGAGCUCUAUUCAAGAUGUUUCCUUGAAGAUUAUAUUGAUAUUGGUUACGUGCGAGAAUUCAAAGUACAUGAUCUUGCACAUGACCUAGCACUAUCAUCAGCCCAAAGUGAGUGCUUAAUUAUUAAUCGUCAGAUUCAAAAAAUCUCUAAAAAGGUUUGGCAUUUGUCAUAUACUGACAAUACUUGGCAGAAUGAAAAUGUUUUCAAAUGUUUACAAAAAUCAAAGAGUUUACGAACCAUUCUUUCUCCGGUGGAUGGAGUUGGACCUUCUACUAAAUCCUUUGUUGAUUCAUGUCUCUCAAAAUUUAGAUACCUGCGAUUUCUAGAUUUAAGUGACUCAAGUUUUGAGGUGUUACCCAGCUUCAUUGGUACCUUGAAGCA